CUCCCUCUCUCUUGCCCUCCUUUCCUUCCUUUCUCUCUCUCUCUCUUUUUCAUUCCUUCCUUUUCUCUCCCUCCCCCUCUUUCCUUUCCUUCCUUUCUUCCCCCUCUUCUCCUUCCCUUCUUUCUUUUUUCUUUCUCUUUCCCUCUUUCCUUCCUUUCUUCUUCUCUCUCUCUCUCCAUUCCUUCCUUCUUCCUCCCUCUCGCCCGCCUUUCCUUUUUCUCUCUCUCUCUCUCCCUCUUUCCUCCCUCCCUUCUCUCUCGCUCUCCCUCUCUCUCCUUUCCUUCCUUUCUUUCACCUCUUCUCACUCCCUUCUUUCUCUUUUCUUUCUCUUUUCCUCUUUUCUUCCUUUAACGGGCUCGCUCUUUGGGGCUGGCUGCUCCUCCCUCCCUUCUGUUUUUCUUUUGUCCUUCUUCCUCACUCCUUUCUCCUUUUUCUUUCUCCUUCCUUCUGUUUCCUUCUUUCCCUUCCUCCCUCCCUCCUUCUUUCUUUUGUCCUUUCCCCUCCCUUCUCUUUUUCUCUCCUUCCUUUUUUCCAUCUUUCUAUUGUCCUGUCUCCCUCACUCACUCACUCCUUCCUCUCUCUCUCUCUCUCUUUGCCUUCCUCCUUGAUGAAGUAAGCAUGCUAAUUGGAAGCUUGAUAAUAUAAACUGUUUGUUGGCAUCCAUUAUGGGGUUGCUGUCUUUUAGCAGCAUUAAAUCAUUGCAUGGGAGCACUGUCAAAGAACCUCUUCAUUUCCUUUUAGUGACUUCUUACUGCCCCCAGUUGAAGUUUAACAGAAAAGGAAGGACAUGAUGUAGUUUUGAUGACAGCUGGAGGUGGAGGGGCUUGAUAAUUGCACCUGAAGAUCAUGCCAGGCUUGUACUGCCUGCCUGCCUGGACUGCCCUCCCUCUACAGAGCUCGUGUGUGAAGGCCUGUGCCAAUGGGUAUUCUCUGGGACUCACUGCUCACCUUACUUACAUCAAUUUGGAGCCGGAGCCUGUGGAAGGAGUAUUUGUUUAUCCACUGGAGGAGUCGGAGGUGAUAGCAAGCUUUGAAGCGGUGACUGGAAGCAGAACAUCCACCUUCCAGAUUCAGAACCGGCCGCGAGUCGAGGAUUGCUGCCUUGACUGCAACUCCAGCCUGCCCCAGCCCCUGCACUGCAGCAAUGGUCACUUGCUUCUUGAUGAAGACUUGGCACGCUCCACGUUCAUCAUCAGCACGGGCCCCGUUGGGCCCUCGGAAACGUUGACGGUGGUAUUCAGCAGCAGCCAGGAGCUGGCGACCCGGCCCAAUGGUGCUCUGCAAGUCCUCUUCCCCUCUGUGCUCACGCCCUUCGUCGUCUCCAUCCCUGAAAGUGAAAGUGAGGCGAGAGGCUUGUGUGACGACAGGUUGGCCCUAUGUUCCACCAGUUGUUUUGGAUCCUCUGGGGUGAAGAAUGAGCACCCUUUCCUCAUACCUCCCAAGGACACCGACAUCUUCAGGGGCGAGGUCUACAAUCCCUUCCCCUACGAGUUCAGCUUUGAGAUGCUGGUUAAGGGACCCUGUUUGCUGGCAGGGUUGGAAAGCCCAUCCCAUGCUUUGCGAGCUGAUGCCAAUCCAUAUGCCAACUCUGCCUCAACAAUAUGCAUUACCUUGGCAGAGAGGCACAGGUGUGACAGGAACCUGGAGAUUAUCUUGUAUCCUUGUGAACCUCACCGUCCACAUCUCAUCAUCGAAGAGGGUGCCAUGACGUACCAGGAAUACGAGGCGCACAUCAGGAACCGCCGGGAUUAUGCUCGUAUUGCCAAAAAAGAUAACGAUGGGGAGAGACAGGUAGCUUUUGUCCAGAAGAGGUUCCACAAGGACAUCUUCCACAAUCCUGUGCUGAUGCUGAAUUUCUGUCCUGAGGAGGGCAUCCUUCCCACUGAUUUCCAGACAGUCACUCGGGAGAUGCUCUUCCUCAUAGACCGCAGUGGGAGCGUGAAUGGCCCCAGCAUUGAUGGGAUCAAGGAUGCUUUGUUGGUGGCUGUGAAGAGCCUCCCUUCCAGCACCUUGUUGAAUGUUGCUGGCUUUGGCUCCAGCAUCAAGCCCCUCUUCACUGCAAGCAAGCCCUGCAACAGUGAGACUCUCAGGUUGGCCUGCGAACACAUCCGGAAGCUCCGAGCUGACAUGGGUGGGACCAACCUCCUCGCGGCUCUGACUUGGCUCUUGGGGCAGCCUCUUCACCGCGGUUAUCCACGGCAGCUCUUCCUCUUCAUGCACUCUGGCAUUGGCAACACGGGCAAGGUCAUUGAGCUGGUCAGGAGGCAGGCAAGCACCGUCAGAUGUUUCACCUUUGGCCUGGGCUCUGGUGCCUGCCGUAGGCUCUUGCGGGGAUUGGCGAAAGUCAGCAGAGGUCGGGCUGAAUUCCUAAGCCCGGGAGAAAGGCUGCAGCCCAAGCUGAUAAAGUCUUUGAAGAGAGCCAUUGAGCCGGCCGUGAGUGACAUCACCAUAGACUGGUAUGUGCCUGACACCAUGGAAGCCCUGCUGUCGCCCAACGAGAUCGCAGCCCUCUACCCUGGAGAUCGGCUCAUCAGCUACUGCACCCUUUACCACAUUGCCAGUUUCCGGGACAAGAAGGCAACAGGCAGAGAACAGCUAUGCCGUAGCCUCUCCAGGAGCUCUGCAGGCUCAGUGUUCCAGUCCCAGGAUGAGGCGGUGGGUCAGGAAGGAGCCCAUCCACCCCCGGCUGGAGAGAGCGAAGACAUUUAUAGAGCCCUUCAUGAGAUUUCCCGUGAGAUAUCGCUAGAGUUUUCGGCUGGAGGCACCGAAGAGUCUAUGAAGAGUGGGGACCCUGUGUCCGGAGGAGACAUCUGGAAGCGGAUUUACCAGCCCUCCUACAUCCAGGAGCAGUACAUGCUCACCCACUGCUCGGUUAGCACCGACCGCAGCCAAGGCUUGCUCUCCCACAGCUCCACCAGCAGUGAGUCCACCGGCUCUAGAGACGUCCCUCCAGAGGGAGAUUCCGUAGCACAGACUCUUGAAAGCAACUCUCAGCAAGGCCAGAAGAGCGUGUCCCUGUGCAAUUCCUCCACCAAGUCUGCUCCAGUGGCCCAGGCUCAGCAGAUUGCUGGUGCUAAGGUGUCUGUGGCCCUGAGCUCGGAGGAGCUGGUGCGGCGGAAGAAGGCGCUGGCCCGAGCUGCCCUGUCUGGACGUAGUUUCUCAUCUCCACAUGGUGAACUGGAUGCCCAUCGGCUGCGCCGGGCCCUGGAAAAGGUGUCCCAAAAAUGGAAUCGAUCUCUGGAAGGGAAGCUGGAUGAGAUCGGUCCUGAGCCACAGAAGAUGCGCAAGAGCAUUGCUGAUUCCAGCAACUUGCUCUCACCAGCCCACCUGGACUGGGACACACUUUUGGAGCCCCCAUACCUUUUCAGCCCAUCGCCAGCAGCAACUGAGCGAGGAGAGUGUGAAGGCAGCGCCUGGCCUUCUCUCCGGUGCCAAGUCGUCAUCCACGCGCUCAGUGCAGGGAAGCCGGUCUCCUGGGAAGUGACGGCCACCCUGGAUUCCCUGCUCCUUCUUGCCACAGACAGCCCACCCAAGGAGGAGCUGCCCCAACAGCAACCACAGAAUAAGGUCUGGGAUAAAUUGCUUCACCGCCUGACUGCUGGCUCUGUCAUCCGGGAUAAUGAGAAUGUGGCCCAAAGAGAAGCUGAGCUAGAACAUGGUUUCUCACGAAGGUUCCGCCUUAAAGCUGUCCAGUCCAGCAAGGCAUGCAAUACACCCUCCAUCUAUACCUCCAUGGUGCCUGUGGACUCUUCCACUCAGGAAACUUUGCCUUCUGCCCUUGAAGUUCGCAGCAGAGGGGGCUUAUCAAGCCACCAGCAAGAGUCCCGAUCUGGCAGCCGGCGUCAACGUAGUUAUUCAGCCGGUCUAGGACAGAGGCAGGAUUCAGAGGAGCUGGACGAUGCUCCUCUUUCUGCAGAACGAGAAGAAAUGCCUCCGGCAUCUCCUGUUAAUCUCAUUUCUGCCAGCCAAGAAAAGCCAAACUGCCCUGAUGGUGCCGAUUCCAAUCCCUCUCCUGUCUCUAUGGGCUCCCAAAAGUCGAUGGAGAACUUUGUAGGCUCCAGGUUCAGCAUCAGCCGGCGGAGGGGCCAAGUCUUGGCGCUACGCCCACAAUGCCUGACCCCUGAAAGUGAACUCGCUUCUUGCGACAGUGCCAUUCAUGACUACCUCCCACUGGUGCGUCUGCAGCAGGCCCCAGGCAUGUUCCAGCUGACCGAGAGCUUCUCUGAGGUUGUCCAGAUUCCACUGGACCGCCUGUGUCGGGCCUCUCCCUACACCUCCCACCGCGCCAGCCUCAGUCCGGCCUCCAGCACCUCCCCUUGGGCGCUGAUUGCCAAGAGCAGCCCCAGGCCGACAGCAAGCCAACCUGCCCCCGGCGGCGGCGAGGAGGGAGUCGGAGCAAGCAAGGAGGCGGUGAUGGAGCCCAGCUCACCGCACUCGCACAGCACCUGCUCGGAGGUGCUGAGUGCGGCUGUGUGGGCGCAGGCGGACAGCGGGCGGGGCUCCGAGACAGACGCCUGCGACCACUCGACCGAUGCCUCGGAAGCCAGCCUCAGCCUUCUGGAGGCGGGCCUCGAGCCGGAAGACGGCGAGCUGGAGAGCAUGAGCUGGGCCACGGCCGUGGCGCUGGCCUGGCUGGAACACCGCUGUGCUGGCUUCUUUGUGGAGUGGGAGCUCCUGGCAGCCAAGGCGGACGCCUGGCUGCGGGUGCAGCAGCUGCCGGAAGGGGUGGACGUCGCUGCCCUUAAAGGGGCAGCGCGCCAACUCUUCCUGCUGCUGCGCCACUGGGAUGAGAACAUCAAGCUGAACAUGCUGUGCUACAACCCAAACAACGUGUGAGAGAGCAAGCGGGCGCACUGGCUGUGUGGGUGCCAAUAAAGAAGAUUGGCUCAGUGUC